AUGAACGGCGAUGAAGAUGAAAAAAAUGAUGAUGAUGAUGAUAAAAAUGAUGAUGUACGUCAUCAGUGUAAUAUUGACAACAAAAUUAACAUCUUCAUUGACAGUGGACUAUUUGAUGAUGACGUCAAUGAUGAUGUUAACAAAAACGUCAUCGAAGUUUCAAAAAUAUCUCGAAAAAAAUCUGUUAAUGUUACAUUCGCCGAUGAUGAGAACUGCAGAACUUCAUCGGAAGGAUUACAUCCAGGGUCGGCCACAACAUCAUCCUCCACGCUGUUGCAAGUUUCGUCUCCAACGUUUGCAGCAUCUGUAGCAACUGAACACCAAGCAAGGAAAGGGUUUCAACCACUUCCAUCAUCAUUUUCAUCAUCCAAUGUAACAAGCAGUUACGAUGGAGAUACUAAUAAUUUUGAUGAUAACAACAAUUACUACGGUAAGAAUGUCAAUAGUAAUAACGGUGAUGGUGAUCAUUAUGACGACCGAAACAUCGACACCAAUAAACUUAACACAAAUUAUCAAAAGUUCAACAACUUGUUGACAGCAACCAUAGCAAAAGCAGCAACAUCAACUUUAACAACAGCUACAACGACAACUUCAACAUCUCUACUUAACAACAACUACAUCAGAAACUCAGCCAGGAAGCGUCUGAGCAUGUCCAGAAGAUCCAUCAUUGCAGCGAGCAGGAAAGCAAGCAGAGUCAACGUUGUGCCAACAACACUGAAUGUUGCCGCAACCAUGCCAGUCAUGUUGAAGAAUGUUGGGGAGAUGUUGGCAACGUUGGACGAAGAUGUUCCGGAGAUGCUCCCAUCGACUCAACUGCACAACAAAAAUGAAGAGACCAUCAUACUCUCUCAAACGGCUGCCCUCACAUUCUUUUCAACGUUCCACCAACAUCAACAGCAACAAAUGUUGAUGCUGAAAAGAAGACAGAGCUGCAAGAAACAAACAUGGAAAACCAAAAUGCUGACUGAGGAGCAGAGGAAGAAAUUAAAUAAAAUCGUCCUAACUCUGCAGGAUCGACAACAAAUCGAACGCCUCCCCAAGCGAGCCAACAACAGUGCAAGGUCGCAUAGAAAUUGUAAUAGAAGCUCAACAACGACAUCAGCAUCAACCAUAAAAAACAAGUUGGACUUCAAAACAUGGAGCAAAGAAAUGCAAAAGAGAAGGCUAACGCAACAAAUCAAAAACAACAACGACAGUAGUAAGGGGGAAACUAACGACAAUUUCAACAAGUGCAAAAUCGACAACAACCAAAACCUCAACAUUUUGUCAUUUAACAAUAGAGAGACAUCGCAUUUGAGCAGUAAAGAAAAAUUUGAAGUUUCAUUGACCACAAGAAUGGUUCUGCGGAACGUCUUUCAAGCACUGAGAAGUGGUUUGCACAGAAGUGUAAUAGUAGCAAACGUGUUGAAUUGCUUGCUUCUCGUGUCUGGUGUUCUUCUCCUGUUGUCGGUCAUCAUCAGUGUCAUCUAUGCUUCCUUCUCUUCUGAACAAAUUCUCAUGCAUUACUAUUUAAAAUUUCAAGUUUUGGAUGGCUCAUUUCAAGAACAAACGUCAUCCGACAACCAAACUAUUUAUAGCUCUCCUCCAUUUAACGAUCACUCUUCAACUGAUCAGUUUAACUCUUUUUACCAGAAGAACAACAAUAGCAAUAACAGUAAAGCAACUAAUAAUUUCAAGAAAAACAUUUACCACCAAAACAGUUUUAAGGAACAUAAAAAUAGAGUUAACGAUGACGAAAAUGAUUAUGAUGAAAAAUUAAAAAAUGCACACAAUGUAUACGGAAAAUACAAAAUCCUCAACAAUAAAACUGAAAUCAUCAACAACAUUUCUGAAAAAAUAAACAUUGUCAGACACACUAGCAAUCGUAAUUUCGUCAAAAGCUGCAACAACAACAAUACAACCAGCAACAAAAGCAACAAGCCUUUUAGUCACAAUAUCAUGCAACUUGCUAACAACAGCCAAUCAAAUAGAAAAGUCUCUGAGAAAAAGAAAUCAAAAAACGAACUAUCCAAUGGAAACGGUUUGUUUUCAAUUUCCAGCCAGCAUAUCAUCAGUAAUGACGUUUCACCAACAAACGAGAAAAAAAAGAGCAAUCGACUAGCAGAGGCCAACCAACACGAGCGGGUCAAAUUCACAAAUUCAACUCUGAAAAGUUUAAGCAGUUCGGAAAAUGUUAGAAGAUCGAAUCAACUGGGGUGCAUGUACGUUCCCGUUUUUUUUCCAGGGUACACUUUGAAAUUAAAACUUUUGUGCAAAAACAAUUUAUAA